GGUGCGCCGGUGACGUCAAAGGCCCGCGCCUCCGCCCAGCUGCGGAAGGGAGCAGGCGUGCUUGCGGGCGGCGGAGCGAUGCGGCGGGGCUUCGAAGCCGGCCCGGCCCGCCUCGUCCGGUCGGCCCAGAAAGACGAGCUCUACCGGGGGGCCCUGAGGAGCGGGGCCGGGGCUGCUCUGGGGAGCCUAGCCGGCGCGAAAACAUGGUUAGCAUGGCAGAAGGAAAUUGAGCUGCUUGCUGACGUAGCGUAUUUCACGCUCACUACCCUUUCAGGUUAUCAAACUCUCGGUGAGGAGUAUGUUGGCAUUAUCCAAGUAGACCCGUCAGUGAGAAAAGUUCCUUCCGUACUUCGCCGGGCGGCCCUGAUUUCUUUGCACACUGUUUUGCCUUACGUGUUAGAAAAGGGAUUAGUGCACCUGGAACAUGAACUCGAGAUGGAGCCGGGCGGAACCGGGGCGUUGCAAAGCAGACCUUUCAGCAGACCGUGGGGGACGACUUUACUGCGGAGCUGGCUGCAGAAAUGGCUCAGGCGGCUGACAGAAUCGCAGAAGAAAACGCUCGGUUCGGCUGUGUAUGUCUUGAAGCAAAGUCUCCCCCUCUUCCAUCGGCUGCACUUGGCCGUUUUCUAUAUGAAUGGCCUCUUCUACCACCUGGCAAAAAGGAUGACUGGGGUCACCUACCUGCGCUUUGCGGGACUCCCCGGAGACGACAGGAGCGUCCGAUCGAAUUACAGGCUUCUCGGGAUCAUCUCACUCCUGCAUCUGGCACUGAUGGUCGGCCUCCAGGCUUACAGCUUCCAGCAGAGACACCGGGCCAGACAAGAAUGGAAGCUGCACCGUAACCUGUCCUACCGCAGGACCCAGCCCGAGGAGAAGCUCCAGAGCCGCGGCUCUCGCUGCACGCUGUGCUUGGAAGAACGCCGGCACGCCACGGCCACGCCAUGCGGGCAUCUUUUCUGCUGGGAAUGUGUGACCGAGUGGUGCAAUACAAAGGCAGAGUGCCCGCUGUGCAGGGAGAAGUUUCAUCCACAGAAGCUGAUUUACCUUCGGCAUUACCGGUAGCAACCGCCUGUCACUCCGACGUGAGGAGCCAGAGAUGAUACAACAUCUGACCAAGUGCAAGACUUUAUUUUGAUAUUAAAUUCCUAUGAUAAAACCGA